CGGGAGAGAGCGAGUGCGAGCGGCGCUGCUGAGCAGCCUCCUUCCUCGUCGGCCACCGUAUCGGAAGCCCGCAGCUCCCUCGCCGGCCACCGUCCGGUCGCUCAGCCCACCCGGGAGGCUUACGGAGACGAGGAGUCCGAAGCUCUCACCUCCCCCAAGUCGGCGGCAGCAGAUGGAGCGGAGCAGCCGGCGGCAGCCGGCGGCAGGGAGACUGGGCUCGCAGGGCGGCCGGCCGCGGCGCUCCGGGGGGCGGCCCCCGGCUCAGCUUCUCCUGGUGCUGCUGAUGCUGCUGGUGCCGGGGCCCGAGGCGGCGGCGGCGGUCGAGGGGAAGGAGUGCGAUAAGCCGUGCGCCAAUGGCGGGCGCUGCCAGCCGGGCAGCGGGCAGUGCGAGUGCCAGGCCGGCUGGGUGGGGGACCAGUGCCAGCACUGCGGGGGCCGCUUCAGGCUAACUGGAUCUUCCGGAUAUGUAACAGAUGGGCCUGGACAUUAUAAAUACAAAACAAAAUGCACAUGGCUCAUUGAAGGAAAGCCAAAUACAAUCCUGAGGCUUCGAUUCAAUCACUUUGCUACAGAAUGCAGUUGGGACCAUUUGUACGUGUAUGAUGGAGACUCAGUUUAUGCUCCAUUAGUGGCAGCUUUUAGUGGUCUUAUUGUUCCUGAGAGGGAUGGCAAUGAAACCAUCCCAGAAGUUGUAGCCACUUCUGGCUAUGUCCUACUGCAUUUCUUUAGUGAUGCUGCCUAUAAUUUGACAGGGUUUAACAUCACCUAUAAUUUCGACAUGUGUCCCAAUAAUUGUUCUGGCCGAGGAGAGUGCAGACACAAUAACGGCAGUAACACUGUUAAAUGUGAAUGUUCUGAACACUGGAAAGGAGAGGCGUGCGAUAUUCCUUAUUGCACAGAUGGUUGUGGAUAUCCUGCGAGAGGUCAGUGCAACAUGAAUGGGACCAAAGGAUGCUUGUGCAAUUCAGGCUGGCAAGGUCCUGGCUGUGCAGUCCCUGUACCAGCUAAUCAGUCAUUCUGGACUCGUGAGGAAUACUCUAGUCCGAAGCUUCCCAGAGCGUCUCACAAAGCUGUUGUCAAUAGCAAUGUAAUGUGGGUUGUUGGAGGCUACAUGUUCAAUCAUUCCGAUUCCCGUAUGGUUUUAGCGUAUGACCUUGUUUCUGAGGAGUGGCUUGCACUGAACAGCACUGUGAACUCUGUAGAGAUCAGAUAUGGUCAUUCAUUGGCGUUACACGAGAAUAAAAUCUAUAUGUAUGGAGGAAAAAUAGAUGCAACGGGGAAUGUGACCAAUCAGCUGUGGGUAUUCCAUAUACACAAUGAGUCAUGGGUUCAAGUGAUCCCAAAAGCCAAGGAGCAGUAUGCAGUUGUUGGCCACUCAGCACACAUUGUCAUGCUGGAAGAUGGCAGUGCUGUUAUGCUCAUCAUCUUUGGGCACUGCCCUCUGUAUGGGUAUAUCAGCAAUGUGCAGGAAUAUAACCUUGCGACAAAUACAUGGACUAUUUUACAAACAAGUGGAGCCUUGGUGCAGGGAGGGUAUGGUCACAGCAGUGUUUACGAUCCAAACACCAAAUCAAUCUAUAUCCAUGGAGGUUACAAAGCAUUCAGUGCCAACAAGUAUAGACUAGCAGAUGACUUAUACAAAUAUGAAGUUGAUACACGGAUGUGGACAAUUCUUAAAGAUAGUAGAUUUUUCCGCUAUUUGCACACUGCUGUGAUAAUGAGUGGAACCAUGCUGGUGUUUGGAGGAAAUACACACAAUGACACAUCCAUGAGCCAUGGUGCUAAGUGCUUUUCUUCAGAUUUUAUGGCAUAUGAUAUUGCUUGUGAUCAUUGGUCAGUACUUCCUCGACCUGAUCUCCAUCAUGACGUCAACAGAUUUGGACAUUCUGCUGUGCUGAGUGACAGCACUGUGUAUAUAUUUGGAGGGUUCAACAGUCUCCUCCUGAGCGAUAUCCUGAGGUAUACACCAGAAAGCUGUGAAGCUUAUGACAACGAGACGUCUUGCUUGAGAGCAGGUCCUGGAGUCAGGUGUGUGUGGAACGCCACUUUUUCUCUGUGUGUCCCAUGGGAAAGAGCAACAGUAGAGCAACAACAAAAAGUUUUUGAAGAAUGUCCUUCUAAACCAGAUCAUGACAAAUGUAAUCAGAUUACAGACUGCUAUAGCUGUACAGCGAAUACAAAUAACUGUCAAUGGUGCACUGACCAGUGUAUCUUAAAGCAUAACAACUGCACAGAAGAUCAGGUACCCAUUACUGAAUAUGAUAAAUGCCCCAAGGAUAACCCUGCAUAUUAUUGUAACAAAAAGACAAGUUGUAAAAGCUGUGCCAUGGAUCAGAACUGUCAGUGGGAGCCCAGGAAUCAAGAGUGCAUAGCUUUACCUGAAAAUAUCUGUGGAGCAAACUGGCAUUUGGUUGGCAACUCGUGUUUGAAAAUCAAUGGCACAAAAGAGAGCUACGACAAUGCUAAGUUGGCAUGCAGAACUCACAAUGCUUUACUGGCAUCUCUCACAACCCAGAAGAAGGUGGAAUUUGUUCUAAAGGAGCUGCAGAGAAUGCAGUCUUUGCCCAAAACUUUGACCCCAUGGGUUGGGCUGCGGAAAAUCAAUGUGUCGUACUGGUGCUGGGAAGACAUGUCUCCGUUUACAAACACCUUGCUCCAGUGGCUGCCUGGGGAACCAAGUGAUGCUGGAUUUUGUGGAUAUUUAGCUGAGUCUUACCAGCAGGGAUUGAAGGCCGCAACAUGUAUCAACCACGUUAAUGGCAGUAUCUGUGAAAGAGCUGCUAACCACAGUGCCAAGCAAUGUCGCACACCCUGUGCCUUGAGGGUGGCAUGUGGAGAGUGCACGAGUGGCAGCUCUGAGUGCAUGUGGUGCAGUAACAUGAAACAGUGCGUGGACUCAAAUGCUUACGUGGCCUCUUUCCCCUAUGGCCAGUGCAUGGAGUGGUACACCAUGAGCAGCUGUCCACCUGCAAACUGUUCUGGCUACUGCACGUGUGCGCAUUGUUUGGAACAGCCUGGCUGUGGUUGGUGUACGGACCCUAGUAACACAGGAAAGGGGAAAUGCAUGGAAGGCUCCUACAGAGGUCCAGUAAAGAUGCCAUCUCCACCAACAACAGGAAAAUCCUACCUGGAACCCAUCCUUAAUGUCAGCAUGUGUCCAGCAGAGAACAAAUACAACUGGUCCUUUAUCCAGUGUCCAGCCUGCCAGUGCAAUGGGCACAGUAAAUGUGUAAAUGAAAGCAUCUGUGAAAAGUGUGAGAACCUGACAACUGGCAAACACUGUGAGACUUGUAUAUCCGGCUACUAUGGAGAUCCUACUAAUGGAGGAACAUGCCAGUCUUGCAAGUGUAAUGGCCAUGCCUCUAUCUGUAAUACAAAUACAGGAAAGUGUUUCUGUACUACCAAAGGAAUUAAAGGAGAUGAGUGUCAACUGUGUGAAGUAGAAAAUCGAUACCAGGGAAAUCCACUUAAAGGAACAUGUUAUUAUACUCUUCUUAUUGACUAUCAGUUCACCUUCAGCCUUUCCCAAGAGGAUGAUCGCUACUAUACUGCAAUCAAUUUUGUAGCAACACCUGAAGAGCAAAAUAGAGACCUGGACAUGUUUAUCAACGCAUCUAAAAACUUCAACCUCAAUAUAACUUGGUCAACAAGUUUUGCAGCUGGCACACAGGCAGGAGAGGAGAUUCCAGUUGUUUCAAAGUCCAACAUAAAGGAAUACAAGGACAGCUUCUCCAAUGAGAAAUUUGAUUUCCGGAGCAAUCCCAACAUCACUUUCUUUGUUUAUGUCAGCAACUUCACCUGGCCAAUAAAAAUACAGAUUGCUUUCUCACAGCACAGCAACUUUAUGGACCUCGUACAGUUCUUUGUGACAUUUUUCAGUUGUUUCCUGUCUUUGCUCCUGGUGGCUGCCGUAGUUUGGAAGAUUAAACAAAGUUGCUGGGCAUCACGACGAAGAGAGCAACUACUCCGUGAGAUGCAACAGAUGGCGAGCCGUCCCUUUGCCUCCAUCAACGUUGCCUUAGAAACAGAUGAAGAGCCGCCUGAUCUCAUUGGAGGAAGCAUAAAGACUGUUCCGAAACCAAUAGCUCUGGAACCCUGUUUUGGAAACAGAGCAGCAGUCCUCUCAGUAUUUGUGAGGUUGCCUCGAGGAAUGGGAGGUAUCCCGCCACCAGGGCAGUCAGGUCUUGCAGUGGCCAGCGCUUUGGUGGACGUUUCACAACAAAUGCCAAUUGCCUACAAAGAGAAAUCAGGAGCAGUACGAAAUCGGAAACAACAGCCCCCAGCACAGCCAGGAACCUGUAUUUGAUGCAUGGACAUCAUAAACUGUCUCUCUAGGGUUUUAAACACCAGUAACACAUAGGAGGAGGAAGAGAAGAAAGAUUUUACAGUUGUGACACAAAAGAGACUAAAAAUAUAUGGAAAACGCAACUUCCUUGAGCCCAGUCUUUUUUCUCAUAUACUUGAUAGUUGGCUUUGUUUGACAAUUGCUCCACUUAAGUUUUACUGACAUAUGCCACUGGAUGGUUCAACCUUCCCCCCCCCCCCCCCACCCGGUUUAAAAAAAAAAAAAUUAUUUCACGUCCAGUAACCUCUAAUCACCACCACUGAAGGUCAAUGUCAAUAAAACAGUAGUACAAGCAUAAAUGACACUCAGGUUUCUGCAUGGAAAGAGCAUUAUAGUACAUAUAUUUAUCAAACUGUGCCAAAAGGAGAAAAAAAAAAAAAAAGAUGCCGCAUUUCCAGGUAAGUCUCAGCCCUCAACUCCUGAAAACAAUAUUAAACUUCGUCGCUUUCUUUUCAGAUGUAAUAAUUUCAAAGAUUUUCUGUUUAUUCCCACAUUAUUUAAUUAGUGCUCUUUUGUCCUAUACGGUCCAGCUUAAUAUAUAGCAUCAAGGUAGGAAAGAAUGAAGCAAAGAUUGAAUAUUAUACAUUGCUUACGCUGAAUUCAAUAUUUGCAAAGUUGAAUGUAGUUUUCUAAAGCAUUAGUGUUUCUAUUGUCUUAAUCCAGUUGAAAAUACGUGCACACAAGUGCCUAGACUUCAGCAGAUCUAGGAAGUGAGGGAAUUAGUACACGCAGGUUUUUACAUAAUUGUGUUCCUAUGUUCCUGUAAAAAUUAAUUAGUCACCUAAGGCAAUCUGUGCCAUUUGUAAUGCAUCAUUUGUAGUCAGGGAAGAUGAGGGCAUUUUCCCACCCAAGGAACUACUUAACCUGGUGGCAGCAUCUUUGGGGGAAACUGGAAUUGAGGUCCUGUAUUUUAUGUGAACGCUGCUGUUUUUCCCAGCUGGCAUAAAUGGAAGUUGUGUGUACCUGUGGCCUGCUACCUAAUUAUCCCUUUGUGUUACCUUUUGAGUCCUUUUCUGCCCAUUUGACCUUCCCUGUUUGUCGGUCUGAGGAUUUUAAUUUAAAAAAACAUAGUAGCUCUGUUUCGCCUUGUGUUUGAAUGUUCAAUCUUGAAUUACCCCCAGUGACUGUACAAUGUGAGGUAGCUGCCUUGGACAUCUGAGGGAGACUUACUGCUGAUAGGAUACACCCGGUAGUUGUAGAAGAGGGCUUCGUGUAGCAAGGAAUUUAUUACACUUACUAACCCUUUUUGCAAUUGAGCCUCAAAAUGAUGCUGACAAGUUUUAUUAGACUCAAAAUUCGGCCUACCUUGUAAUUGUUAGAAUCUGACAUAAGAGGAGUUGCAGAUUCUCGGUAUUGCCAGUGCUUUUAAACCCAAAGUGUAACUGUUAACUAACAGACUUUGUUACCACACCACAGCCAAGAGUAGUUGCGAUGUUGAUGCUGACACACGUUGUUGUGUUAAGGUACCAAACAAGGUAUAGUUGUUAAAUAACUAUAGUAAGUUCAGUUCCAUUCAGAACACUGGGGUUGAGUCUGGUUUUGGCUGGGGUAUUACUUACUAACUGAAAAAUAAAUUGAUUGGAGGAAAAAAUGUAAACUGCAAAGUAACUAUUGAAUAUUGUUUGAUGUUAAUGCCCUCGUCCCAAGAUAAAACUGAAGUAACUGCAUCUUUUUUUUUUUUCUUUUGUGUUUUUGGCAAUCUACAACAUAUCCCUCGGGUUUUUCAAAAAACUGGAAUUCUUUCUUUGAGGUGUAACAUUUGAAUAGGAAAAUAAAUCACUGCGCAUCUCAGAACAACAGUGGUGGUGGUAAAGAUUGUAAGUUGGUGGGCCACAAACCUACAAACAAGAACUCGAAUGAAUCUUCUCCUAACAAAUACAACAACACUCCAGAAAAAUUCUUGUUAAAAACACAUCUUUUUUAAAAUCUAUUUCUAAACCUGCAAGUUAAAUGCCCUCAGGAGGGGGUGAUAAGGAGAAACUUUGUGGAGUGAAGGGUUUUAGUCAACUUGAAUAUUAGCUGGUGCACAGAUUACCUCAGAGUCACCUCCCAAAAGAACUUGCAACUUCCCUUGUUUAUAGGGCUGCCCCGGGCUAGAACACACCAGAGAAAUAACACAAGAUAAAAUUUCCCCCCUGUAUAUUUAGUUACCUCACAAAUGUUCAGUGCAGAUGCAGAUCUAGAAUUCAUAGACCCUUACUCCAUUACCCAUCACACUGGGAAAACGAACAUGGGCUACAAUUCAGAAAAGCUCUUAACCUUAUGUUUAAGUCCAUACUUAUUCAGGACAGCAUUUAAACAGGUGCCUAAAGUUACGCCUAUGCUUAGGGGUUUCCCUGUAAAGAAAUGCUUUGCUAAAUGGGGGCCAUUAAGUGAAAUUAUUUUUACUUAAAAAAUAAAAUCAUUUCUGUUCCCUUUUAGAGAAUUGUCUUACGCUCAGAUUGUUGUGUCUCAAUUGCUUAUAGCGGAAGCGUGCCCAGAACGCUCUCAAGAAAGGAGUUAAGGGUCAGAUGUUAAAAAUAAGGAAGAUGAGCGACAUGGAUCAACAUUAAGUUUAAUUGAGCCAAAAACUGUAAAUAGAGGAAUAAGACUUUAUUAAUAUAAAUGAAACAAAAAGAUCCUUUCGGCUUUAGCCCUGCUCUGUAUCUUGUCUCCAUACAGACAAGGGAAAAGAGAACUCUCAUACAUAUCUCAGCUGCAAGGACUUUCAUCCCAGUUCAAAAUAAAUUAUCGGGGAAGGGGUGAAGAGGGGGGAGGAGAUGGGGAGAAGAAAACAAACUGCAGGUGUUUCAUCAAUGUUACCAACAUCAAAAGUGGAUGAUUGGGGGUCGGGGAGGGGAUUCUUUAAAAAACAACAACCUGUAAUUCUGUAAAUAAAUGAAAAAUAACACACUGAUUUUGCACUUGUACAUAAACUAUACAGUAGUGUGCAGAAUGUGGAAAGAGUUAGCGUGUAUAUAAAACAGAAAUAUCUAAUGUAUUUUUGAUGCAUUUUAAAUGAUGUAUGAGUUUUGUCUUAUCUUCUUCAUAUGAUGAUUAGGUAACUUUCCAGAGCUUUAAAAAGUCAUCAAAUUAAUUCCUGAUAUCUGGCAGUAGAAAGCAAGGAGGGCAUAACCUGACAUUUUAAUGUAUUUAAAUGCAUUUCACUUGAACAAUGUAAGCAAAGUAGUUCGAAAUACAGCUCUUCCAUUUCAAAAAGAACAAUUAGAGAAGGUGAUAUUUAUACUUAAAGCAGCCACUAUUAUGAGAUUAUAAAAUCGUUGGUGUGCUGUUCAUUAAGAUUGUGCUAGUGAUUCCAUUCCAAAUCACUAUUUUCAGAGGGUUUAUAACCCUGGGUGAAAUUUGAUAUACAAGGUCUCACACUGUUCACUGGGAACAUUGUUAUUCUUUGAGACUUUUUUUUUCUUUUUAACUGGAAAUGUUGCAACCUGCUUACUGUAGAAAAGUCAAUUAGUGCCACUGGAUACAAAAAUACAUUAAUUGAAACCAAUUUUUGUUCACAAACCUGCUCCAGUUUUUCACCAGAAUUUCAUUUGGAAUUUUUUAGCAUGCGUGAUAGGGUACAGGCAGACCCUGCCGUCAUGUUUGUCAGUAAUUUGUAUACAGAGGAAGAUUUAUGGGUACACCUAGCCAUCGAGUCUCUCUUAGAGCUGUUGGGUUAAAAACAUACUGUACCAAAAAUGCCAAUGUACAGAUGCGCAUGGUGCCUGUGAAUUCCCAAUAUAUAAUGUACCACAAUAUGGUGAUAUUGUAUAGGAAAGAAUGACAGGCCAUAAAAGGUGUCUUGUGCCAGAUAUAUACUUCCUUAAAGGGAGGAUGCAAUAUUUUCAUCCCUCAGCUCGUAGAGAGCCAAGAAGUUCUUGUAUGUCAUUCUCUGUCUGGCAAAACUGUACCAAACUAUAUAUUUACUGGGUUUAAAGUGGGUUUUCUCAAAUGGCUGUUCAUCUAGCCAGUCCUAAAUUUAGCUUCAAUGACCCUUUAGUGAAAUACAUGCCCCCCGCCCCCAAGGGACUGAAAUAAAACCAGGGAAGCCAAUUCAAAGACUGCUGAUUCUCCGUCCUGAACUGACAUGAAUGUUAGAGAUUUUUUUUUUCUUUUUCAUAAAAGCCUACAUUCAGGAUGGAGUGUCAAAUGGAACUUUGAAUCUGUUGGCUAUUGGCUUACCACAAUGCUUUAAAUAUUGUAUCUGUAAAUGUGUAUGCUCCACCACUGAACUUAAAACAAAAACUGAUGGUACAUGUCAGGAGCGACUUUUAAACUAAGUCAUCUAAGUUUCCAUAGUAAUCUCGGGGUGGGGUGGGGGGGGGGGAAAGGUUAAUCUUAAAUCUUCAUUUGGGAAUGCAACAGUUUGUUUUACAACGCACUCCUAAAGUAAGCUGGAAGAUCAGGUUCUGUGAAGAAAUGUGCACGUUUCAUAUGCAAAGGUGCAUCUCCAUCUCCAUUUUUGAAUAUAUGUGCACUAGCUUUUGGGGUGCAGCGGGGGCAAAAGAGGGAUAAGAGAGGCUUUUACUUUUCUGACAUGCUGUAGAUAAUUUUAGUCAUGACCUUGCUUUCUGUUCUAGUUGCUUGAAAUAAGUAAGUUCAUCACGUGCCAGUAAUGCCUACAAUAACACUCACGCUGUUUAUUCUGCUUCUGGAUAAGGAUGAUUGUCGCCCAAUUUACUGUGUCUUUCUAAAACAAUAAGCUACCUUUGUGUGUCUUCCAGGUACUAAAGACAUUUCCCCCUGUGUUAUCCACCCACUCCAAAAUGCUCACCAGGAAAAAAAAAAAAACCCCACCACCAAUCUAUUUGUGGACGAGUGUAAAAUACAUCGGUCCAUUUUUUAAAAAAAAUAAAAAUAAAAAAAAAUAGGUUUUAUAUUGCUCUGAAAUUUGUGCACACUAAAUGUUCUUUACGCUAAGAUCCUUGAACUAAUUCUCUCCAUUUUUUUUGUUCUGUAGUUAUUUACAGUCCUUAUCUGUGUUCCGACUCAAGCUUAGUUUGUUAAUAUGUAUAAUUUAGCGUUUAUCGCAUUCAUAUGUAAAUACCGAGUAAGUAUUGUAAACUAUUUCAUUGCUGGGGAUUGUGGGUGUUAUACAUACACGUAUUUAGGACUGCCGUUUUUUGGUAUAAUUUUUUGUAUUGUAAAAUAACAGCUAAUUUAAGCAGGAACAAGAGAAUCAUGGGAAAUCGGUACAUUUUCAACACAAAUGUGAAGUACAUGUACAUAAAUACAAAGUAAAUAAUGCAAAACUUUCUUCUGAAAUAAAAAGUAGAAAAUC